AUGGUACAGUCCAAGAAGAAGUUUCGCGGCGUCAGGCAGCGCCACUGGGGCUCCUGGGUCUCCGAGAUUAGGCACCCUCUCCUGAAGAGGAGGGUGUGGCUGGGCACCUUUGAGACGGCGGAGGAGGCGGCGCGGGCGUAUGACGAGGCUGCCAUCCUGAUGAGCGGGCGCAACGCCAAGACCAACUUCCCAGUGCCAAGGAGCGCCAACGGGGAGAUCAUCGUCGCCCCGGCAGCGGCACGGGACGGCCGUGGUGUCGGCUCGUCGUCCUCCGGCGCGGCCGGCGCCAGCAGCCUGUCACAGAUCCUCAGCGCCAAGCUCCGCAAGUGCUGUAAGACACCAUCCCCGUCCCUCACCUGCCUCCGCCUAGACACCGAGAAGUCCCACAUUGGCGUCUGGCAGAAGCGCGCGGGAGCCCGCGCCGACUCCAGCUGGGUCAUGACCGUCGAGCUCAACAAGGAGCCGGCGGCGGUUGCGGCACCAACGCCCACGGGCUCGCCGCCGGAGACAAUGGAGGACGAGGAGAGGAUCGCGCUGCAGAUGAUCGAGGAGCUGCUGAGCAGGAGCAGCCCGGCCUCGCCGUCACAUGGGCUGCUGCACGGUGAAGAAGGCAGCCUCGUCAUCUGA